AUGGCUUCACAGGGAGGGACUCCUAAAGUAGUUGACUACUUUGUUGAUGUAAAUGAGCCUAAUGAAAUAAAAGAGAUUUGUAUCAAUCAUGUUCCACAGUGGAAUGAACUCUCCAAUGAUUCCCUAUCCGUGAGGAAGUACCUUUCUCCCUUUUCAAAUCAUGUUUUCAAAGUGGAGGUUGAGAAUUCAAGCCGAACCAUGGCCAUUAACAGGGUAUUGGUGAAGCUAAAACCGACAGAUACAUCUGAUUGGUAUGAGUUUGAUUCUCAGUAUACUGUACUAAAAGCGCUCGGUGAACAUGGAUGCGGGCCCAUAAUAAUCCAGAAGACCGACAAGUUCAUGAUCCAAGAAUGGCUAGAGGGUGAUGUACUGGAAUCCGAUUUACUCAGAAGAUUCAGUGUUUUCACGUCAAUAGGAACAUUACUCGCGAGAUUUCACAAACAUGGUACUAGGAUUGCUCCAGAAGGUUAUGAUAGAACACCUCUUAUGACAAAGAUGUUGAAUAAAUGGUCACCGAUUGUGAGGGAAAACAUGGGUAAUGAGAAAUUGGAAGGAUUGGAUCUCAAUGAUAUCUUUGAUUCCCUUGAUAAGUACAAAAAAUUGUUGCUUAAGUUCGAAGGUAGCAAUAAUGAAUUCGUAACUACCAUAAGGCUCUGUCACAAUGAUAUGUAUUAUAAGAAUGUGAUCGACUCAAAGCAUUCUCUCCGUCUCAUAGAUUUCGAUACAGUGGGUUUCAAUUAUAUUGGAUUUGACAUCGCAAAACUUUUCUAUGAAACAAACAUUUGGUAUGCUCCUGGAAUACCACCACAAUUCCGCGAUGACAAACCUUUGAGUCAUGAAUGGAAGGUUAUAUUCUCUAGUUUGUACCUAUCCGAACUCUUAGAAAAGGAUAUACCGCCAUCAGAUAUUCAGACUAUUGAAAAGUUUAUGGAAGCGAUUGAGAUACAUACAUUGGGAAACUAUAUUUACUGGAUGUUCAGACGUAUUGUAAUCUUGGUAUCUUCUGAGUUUGAAGUAUAUGGUGGUUUUAUCAAGGGAAUCCAACUUCUGGAUCGUUUGCGCAGAGAACAGAUUGGUAAACUCGUGGAAAAAGGUUUCUUGCAAAAGUGA